UUCAUCUCCCAUUGACCUUUUACGAUUGCGAACGAGCCGCUGAUAGCGCCGGCUGCCGUAGUUUAAUAUGGCAGUUCUUUCUUUGCCAGGGGAACCACCAGAUGAGUAGAUAAGUAAAAGCACUUCUGAACGAGCGGGUACCAUCAGCGUGUCGUAUCUGCCGAAUCGUUUUGUAUCGAUCUACGCUCUCAUCGAAAGAUAUCGCAGCUAUUGUGAAGGCUAACGCCGCAUCGUUAACAAUUAAACUACAUUCCAAAUAAUGACUUGUUUCCUCUAAAAAGUGACAAAACAAACGCGAGGUUUACGUAAUCGUAAUGCACAGUUCGCGGUGUAUCUUGACAUUUCGUAGAGUACCAUCGAAAAUCCGUUUCUUUCCGUGUGUAUGUACGCGUGUGCGUACGAAAGAACUGUGUAUUUGGAGGAAAGCAACAUUACUGAAAUGAACACGGCCGAUUUGUCGGAAGCAAACAGCACCAAUAAUGAACAGAAUAGUGACGUAUUUUGGAUUUUGUUGGAUUGUUUCCUGUUUGUUGCGAUCAUAUUGGGGAAUAUCCUCACAAUAUUGGCCAUCGCGUGGGCUCGUAAGCUCCGAAGCGUCGUUUCGAAUUACUUUAUCCUAAACCUAGCGAUGUCGGAUCUUAUGGUAGGCAUAACGCUUCCGUAUCAUUUGGCGUUUUACGUGGAUAGUGCGUUACACCGCAACAAAUCGGUGUGCAUCUCGCGUUUCGUCAUGUUUACCUUAGCGUGCGGCGGGAGCAUAUACAAUAUCAUAGUGAUCGCCAUAGACCGAUACGUCGCUAUCGUGCAUCCAUUGAGCUAUAACGCAUACGCGACCAAAAGACGCGUGCUGCUGAUUAUAGUCGUCGCUUGGAUAUGCACUAUGGGUGUGUCAUCGAUUCCGAUAUAUUGGAAUCGGUUCGAUAAGUCACACUCGUGUGAAUUGGAAACGGUAUUGCCGAGAUAUUACAUAGUGGCUAUACAGAUGCCGGCAUUCUUUCUCAGUUGGAUAGCAAUGUUUCUGCUAUAUUGGAAAAUUUGGAGAGAAGCGCAUAUGCACGCGCGUCGUAUGAAUCUCGGUAUCAUUCCGAACAUCACUGAGAAAAACGAUCGUAAAAGCGUACAGGUGGUACUGCUGAUAUUGGGCUGUUUUUCCAUCUGUUGGUUUCCUUAUUUCGUCAUAGUUUGCAUGCGAACUUUUGGUUGGAAAACAAAGUCGUUGACGAUUUGGUACAAAUCUACGUUCGCAUUGGCCAUCGCCAACAGCGGAAUGAACCCUUUCAUAUACGCGUGGAAAAACACCAACUUUCGUAAGGCCUUUCAAAAGAUUUUACAUUUUAAAUCGCCCAAUAGCAAUUUCAACUCAAGUUUCAAAAUGUACUUGGAAAAACAACGCAAGUUAAAUAACCAGGCAGAUGUACAAGACAGUCAGCAGACAAAUACAGGAAGAAAUUCGCAUAAAUGUUCACCCGAUCUCCAAUCUGAUCAUGCAGAAGAAAACAGAAUAGAAAACACAAUUUUUUAAAUAUCA